UGUCCUAGAAAUCCAGGAUGAAGCAUUCAAAUUCAUGCCUAAACUUGUAUAUCUAUAUUUAAAUAGUUCUUCACUAGUAUGUGACUGCUCAAUGGCAUGGCUUAAACAACCAAAUAUAUUUGAGAAGUUACCAUUUGAUUUCAUAAAUGCGUAUUGUGGCUUCCCAGAAAAAAACAAAGGAAAAAAUUUGAUAGAAGUACCGUUGACAGACUUCGUAUGUCUCGAGAACAGUCCAAAACCCAUGAUAAUAUUCCAUCCAGAAUCAAAAAUGGUUCUUGAACGGCAAAACAUUACCUUAAAAUGUGGAGUUAAUUCUUCAUCAAAUGAAAAAAUUAACUUUGUUUGGAAAAAAGAUAACCACGAUUUAGAAUUGAUUUCUACCAACCAUUACUCAUCCUUUGAGUUCAAUGGCAUGACUCAAUUUUCCGUUUUGAACUUGUAUAAUAUAUCAAUGUCACAAAGUGGUAAAUAUCAAUGUGUUGCUUCCAAUGAAUUUGGCAUCACUUAUUCUAAUCGUUCAAUUUUAUCAGUUGUUGUUUAUCCAUUUUUUGCUAAAGUCCCUGGAAAUAGUUCAGUAAAGGCAGGCCAAACUGCUAAGUUAGAAUGUGCUGCAAAUGGUUAUCCAGUUCCUCAAAUAUCUUGGCAAAAAGAUGGUGGAACUGAUUUUCCAGCUGCACAAGAGCGCCGCAUGAGAGUUAUGGCUAGGGAUGAUGUUUUUUUAAUUGUCGAUGUAAAAUUAGUUGAUAUGGGCAUAUAUAGCUGUACUGCUAAAAAUGUUGCUGGAAUGAUUGCUGCAAAUGCAACACUUAAUGUUUUAGAACCCCCUUCGUUUAAAACGGAAAUGUCCAACAAACAAGUUAGGGUUGGUGAAGAAGUCGUUUUAGAAUGUUUAAGUCAUGGAUCUCCAAAACCAAAAAUAAGAUGGAUUAAAGAUGGAAUUUCUCUUACCUUGAGCAAUAGACAUUUUUUUACUGCUGAAAAUCAACUUUUAGUUAUAAUGGAAGCAAAUACAGAUGAUUCGGGCACUUAUCAAUGUGAAAUAACUAAUUCUUUGGGAGUAAAUAGUCAAAAAGUUGAUGUUCUAGUUAUGCCAUUCUAUCAGAGUUUAAUUCACGAAUAUACUCUUGGAUUUAUCGUCAUUGCAAUAAUUGUAUGCAUAAUAAUUAUAUCAGCAAUUUGGGUAUUAUUCGUUUAUAAAGCAAGACGCCCUUCGUCAAAUUUGAUCAACAGUGCUGAUAAUAAAUCUUUGGAUUCCUCAAACAGCAAAGACAGUGGUACUGGCGAAUCCACUAAAAGAAGUCAAGAACAAUUAUUCAAUGAUUGUUUGAAUGUUCCUCAAAAAUUGAAUAAUAACGGCAAUUUAUCACCUGAAAUAAAUUUGCCGUUACUUUCACACGCUUCUGUGGUUCUGGGCGAAAAUUCUGUCACGUACAGACAUUCAAAAACAGCAAACUUGCCUGCCCAAUUACCAAUUAAAGUACCGAAAGAAACUAUUGAAGACCCAAAGAAAUGUGAUGAAACCUCUGAAAGACCGUGUUCUAUAUCUGUUCCACCGCCAAACAAGGCUCAGGAUUCACCACCAAUUGCUCAACAAUCAAGUUCUCAUGUUAGCUUAUACAUGCCAACUAAUGACCCUUGUUAGUCAUUGUUCAAUCCAAUUAUUUUUUAGCUGCCUAUGGUAUUAUGUAAAAUGUAUAUAUAUUUUUUUCUAUUAUUCCAACUUAAUCCUACUUAGAUAUUAUUGAAAUGUAAAAAUGGUUCCUGUCUUUUAUUUUUGUUUUUAAUAACUUUAAGAUUCUUUUAUUUAAGUAUAUUAACAAGAUAAUGUAAUAACUUAUAUUUCCUUUUUAAAUCCUUGACAUAAAUUAUUUAAAAUGAAUUAUAUUUAUUGCGAUUGUCAUUUCAAUAAGCUAACUCAAUUAUAAAAGUUAAUAUGUAUGUAUUACUGUUAAAAAUGCUUUCAAUAUUGUACAUGUAUUGUUAUCAAACAUUGUAUGGCCAUUUAUAGCAUGUAAAUGAAUAUUUAAACAUCUAUUAAUGGUUAAUUAACAAUUUAAUUACCUACUACUAAAUUAUAACACAAUACCUUAAACUCUCGAUUAUCUGUGGUCUUCCGUUGAACUAUAAGAAUUAUGUAUACAUGUAAAUAAUAUAAAAAAUCAAUAGAAAACUUUGCAAGUCUAAAAACUUUCUUCCAUUUAUUGCUGACAACAAUCCCGUUCCAUUCAGGGAUUUUGAAAUCGAAAGAUGGAUUUUUUUGUCAAGUUUUUGCCUCCCGAUGUGGGAAUAUGCUUAUUUGUGGUUACCACGCCACUUAUUUCAGUGGUUGAUCGAGAGUUUACUGUACAUAUUUUUAUUUCUUUUGUUACAUCUUCUAUUUAGAUUACAUUUUUAUAAGGUACAACUUUAAACAUUUGUAUGUGUAUUAUGGAUCUCAUUACAAAUAUUGUUACAAUAACUACUUAUAUUUUGUACUACUUAAUUAAAACUUAUAAUGAUAACAAAUAAAAUAGAAGUAUUUAAUAAUA